AUGGAGCCUCUAACGCCCGCACAAAAGGCCACAUCCCUAGUCAGUGCUCUAGAGCAGCAUGGACAGGGCGAUUACAUUGGAGAAUCGAUCAACCAGCUGGAGCACUCUUUACAGGCAGCCGACCAGGCACGCAAAUCAGGUAAGAGCUUUCUAGGCUUGGAUUUAUCGCACGAUAUCUCACCACUAAAUAUAGGUGCCCGAGAUGAACUGGUAAUCGCCGCGCUGUUCCACGAUAUCGGUCAGAUCAUUCCCUUGGACUCCACCAAAGAGGUUCGCAUGAACCUUCGUGGGAGUACCGAGAAUGUCGGUCGCGUGGGCCACGAAGCCAUCGGCGCUGCUUAUCUCCAAUCCCUAGGAUUCAGCGAUACAGUGUGUCGGUUAGUGAAUAGCCACGUUGCGGCGAAACGGUAUCUGACAGCAGUAAAUCGUGAUUAUUAUGAUUCCUUGUCUUCUGCGUCUCAGAGAUCGCUCGGUUUCCAGGGUGGCCCAUUCCAGGGAGAGGAGCUCGAGAAGUUCAACCAUGAUCCUCUGCGGGAUGAAAUGGUUUCGCUGCGGUUGUGGGACGAUGCGGCUAAAUUGGAAGGGGUGGAGUCCAUCACGCCCCGAGCAGGGGCAUAUCUGGACAUUAUCACUGCUCAUCUCUCGAGAACAGAUCUCCUACCAUCAUCAUGA